AUGUUUGCUAGGCUCAAUGACUCAACUCCCAGCACUAAGAAACAGGUUACCUUGGCGCUGAGUCUCAAUUGUAAUCAUGCCAGAGGUAAGAAGACUAAUUAUUGAAGUACCCCAAGUGCAACGCUCAAAUUUUAAUGAAACUUGGCACAGAUUUAGAAUGAUUUUUAAUAAGAUAUAUGCAAGAAUCCUAGCUCGCGCUUUUCAGAAACAACCGAGAGUUUUGGAUCGAAAGUUGGUGAAAAGUUAACAUUUUUUAUCGAGUUUUGGCACGAAAAUUUUCAUGCCUAUUUCUACCAUAGAGGGUAAUGUUUUCACAAAAAAUCAAUUUUUUCCACGUCAAACUAGUAAAGUUAUGGCAAAAAGUGUCUUUUCUCUGACCGCUCUCCGCAUUUCACGUACUCUCUCGGCGACAAAGAUCGUUCAAUAUCUCCGCUGCUCCUGCAAAGCGCGAGCUAAAACUUUCAUGAAUUGAUAUUUAGUACAUGCCCAACUUGUAUGCAAAAUUUAAAGAAAAUCUGAGCGUCGCACUUGGAGUACUUCCCUUGCAAACUCAACAGGUUAAACCCGCAAUUUUCCCCCUCUAAUUCCCCUUUUUCUCGACAUUUUUGCUGCGCUAUAUCUUCUGCUUUCCCCGUUCCCCCACCCGCAUCGUAAUUUGCAUAGUUUGAGCUGUUCGUUCCAAAUGCCGGCGGGCGGAAUGGGCGAAACCGAGCGUCUGCACCGGAAGCGCCUGUAAUUCGGAGGAUGCUAAUCAGUUUUCUUUUCAACAUUCAGAAGUUGAAAGGGGAGAUUCUGGAAUCUUUUCCUCAAACUUCGUUGUUACUUUUUGAAGGCCAGGCGUUACUCUAGUUAUUCGGAGCGAAAAUCUAUCGUAAAUUUAUGUGAGACGAACCCAAAUGGACCGUAUUCCUACUUCUCUGGGCUUUUUACGUAUUCAGAAUCGUUAAAGAAGCUGGAUUCUUCGUCUCAUGCCAAGGAUAAGACUCUAAUCCUGUCAUAAAUUGGAUUUAAUCGCUUGCUAACCCGUUAAAUAUUCGGGAUGAGCGAUGAUUCUGAUGGUUUCUCUCCUAAAACCCCUAGUAAUCCUGUGGCUACCUCAACGGGUGAAUUUAGCCCCGCUGCAGCGGCGUCAGAUCAAAUUAAGUUCAAUGCAGAGCCCGCAGUGCCCUCAGAUCAAUUUAACCCCACUGCAACACCCGCAGCGCCUCUGCAACGACGCCGAACCAUCGUCCGUCAAAAGCGAGUGGCCGAAGUCAAGCCCAAGCUUAGCAUGGACCUGCGCGGCCUUACGGUCGCCGACAGCGCGCCCAGCCAACUGGCGUGGGACUUCCUGCGUCGCAAACUCACUCCCCAGCCCCUCAGCGUCGACCACUCCGCCACACUGUGGGCGCGUCGCCGCUCCAGUCAGCCCAGCGCCGACUGGACCGCCUCGCAAGACGCCAGGGUCGGGUUCGACCUGCCCGAAGGCCUGAGCUGCGACUCCGGCUCCAUGGCGCGCCGCAAACACUCGCUGUGGGGCAUGAGCGCCGCGCAGCUGCAGUUCCUGCGCGAGCAGCACGAAAAGGAGCGCGAGGAGCGGCAGCGGUCCGCCUACGAGCAGGAGCUGCUCGAGCUGCAGCUGCAGCACCAGUACUGGCUCAUGCAGCAGCACAACUACCGCGCCCCCAAACAUCAGCAUCUGCUGCAGAAACGCUCCCAGCCCCCCAUGUAUUAUCAUAAUGUGUCUGCAGUGAUCUCCGGCCCGUACGCGCAGAACCCGGCGCUCGUGCAGCACUCGCAAACACAAAUGUUCGGUGGGAGGAAGGCGACCCAGGCCGGCUUCUUGAAUGCGUUGCCGAUACGCGCCGCGACUGUCGCGGGACCGGGUAAGCAUUGAUGUUGUAUUAUGUGGUGUUGUACUACGUAUACUCAUCUCGUUGUCGUUGCUUCAAAGUCCUCUUUUUAUCAGUCUGUCGGGAAAAUAAUGAGCACCCUGUCGCAUCGAAAAUCGCUUCGCCCCCGAGAAAAUAAAUUUUGGAGCGACGACAGAGCGUCAUUAUUUUCCCGACAGACUAAAAUCAGUCUGUCGGGAAAAGAAUGUGGAUUUGCUGCGCCUUGGAAUCCUCCCAUCAUCCCUUUGCAAAUGCUGCUGGACAUUUUACGAGACAUUUUGCUGCGACAAAUCCACAUUAUUUUCCCGACAGACUGAUAUUUUUACUUGUCUUUUCUCAACUGACAAACACUUCAUUUCAAAAAAAUAUCAAAAAUGAGAGCUAAACGCGAUGUGCAUUGGUGGUUCAGUGGUAGAAUGCUCGCCUGCCACGCGGGCGACCCGGGUUCGAUUCCCGGCCAAUGCAACUCGCUUUUUGAUGGAUUCAAAAGAUUUUUGGGGUUUCUUUUCAAUCUGAAUAUAUUGUAGAGUACUUCUUUUUACUUUUUACAAGUUUUAAUAACCUUGAAACACUGUUUUUGAACGCAAAGUUUUAAUUUUUUUGAAUUUUUUCGAAUUUUAAGCAAAGUUUCGGUUUUUUUCUUCGUCUUUUUGAAAAUUUAAAAUGUUUUUUUGCCUGCCAAUUACACUUUUGACGUACUCUUUUUCUAAAUUUUCUUCCCCAAUCGCAUUUCAAUGCUAUUCGAAGUCUUUCCGAUUUUCAAAUCAAACAUGUUUCAUCGUAUAAAAUGUCCACAAGCUCUAUUUCGUCUUAACUGUUGCAUUCCACCUGCUCCAAAUGGUUUCCACAUCUCAGUUGUCGUUCGUUUCGACCCGCACAACCUUUUAAUCCCAUUUUUCUGACUGUUUAGGUACAGCAGCGGCCGCGGCGGCCGCCGUCGCCGCCGCAACCGCCUCCUCGGCGGGGGCGUUCCGGACCGCACCCAAUGGCGGGAUAUUGCCUCCGAAUAAGCGCGAUUCCAUGGCCGCUAUCGCGGAUUUGCUGGUGGCAACUGGAGGCGGCAGGAAACCGCCGAGAUACGGUAGGUUUUGGGGGAAUUUUUGGGGAAAUUUUUAAAAAGAAAAAAAAAAUAAAAAAAUGUAGUGUUAUCUCAUCUAUUCCUGAACCCUUUCCCAAUAAAAUUGCCGACUUCAAAAGCAAUACAAUGACGGACUUGAUCCAGUGGCAAAAAACGUACCAUUUUCUAUCCGGGAAGUAUCAAAAAAUAUGGCAAAAUGCCUCCCUCUCCAACUAAAAAAACCUUCGUUUUGAAGGCCCUCAAAAAAUUACGAGCGCGCUUUUGAAACCGGAGUUUUUUCACGUGCAGAUAGAUUUAUUUUGCCACAUUUUUGAUACUUCCCGGAUGCAAAACGGUACAUUUUUUGCCACUGGACCAUUUCGGCCACUGUAACUCAAGAAGCGCAAAGCGCCAAAAAUGGGAGUUAUCCCGGAGAUUCUGAGCCCGGAAUCCGAUAAAAAACAGAGCAAAAUGAGAGCAUAAUCAAGUGUGCAUUGGUGGUUCAGUGGUAGAAUGCUCGCCUGCCACGCGGGCGACCCGGGUUCGAUUCCCGGCCAAUGCAACUCGUUUUUUGAUGGAUUCAAAAGAUUUUUGGGGUUUCUUUUCGAUCUGGAUAUAUUGUAAACUACUUUUUUUAGCUUAUUGCAAUUAUUAA